CAGACCAGAUAAAGGUGUAUAACCAAGAAGUAAAAGGAUUUCCGAUGACCUAAAAAUCAUAAUUUACACUUACAGAACCAGACUGGACUGCGGCAGCGUCUGUGGCUGACGAGUUUGUGGUCCGACCGUCUUUUUAUCCGAUGAAGCUGUGAGCUCUGGUCCACUGUGCUGCUCAUACUGGGGUGAAGUGCAGGCUCACUGCCUGAUGGUUUCCCACUAGCAUUAGCUCCUGAAGUUUCUGUUUAUUCUCUCUCAGACUGUUGCCUGAAAUCUUGCACUGGAGACUCCUUUCUUAUUCACAUGUAACUCCCUCACAUGGCCGUCCGACUGCUGAAAGUCUCAUCUGCCGCCACUGCGCUCAUCGCCUCGUCUGGAUUCUACCUUUACUCUCAGAAAGUUGACCUCAAUGACCUCAGCGUCGUCAGAUUUAGCCGAGCGGCUGCUACGACGGCGGUCAUCAGUUAUGAUUACCUCACCACUCUGCGGGAAGUCCAGUACGGGACAGACGAGUACUGGACCCUCAAAUCAGAGGUACACAGGCGCUCGGCUGAGAGGCUCAGAGACCUGUGCUGUGCAAACAGAGGCACGUUCAUUAAGGUGGGGCAGCACCUCGGCGCCCUGGACUACCUCCUGCCUGAGGAGUACACGAGCACGCUGAAGAUCCUCCACAGCCGAGCUCCAGCCAGCACCAUGCAGGAGAUCCAGCAGGUCAUCAGAGAGGAUCUGGGCAAAGAGCUGGGCGAGUUGUUUGUGAGCUUCGAGGAGAAGCCACAGGGGGCGGCCUCUCUCGCUCAGGUCCACCGGGCCGUCCUGCCGAACGGAACCACGGUGGCGGUUAAAGUGCAGCAUCCGAAGGUUCAGGCUCAGAGCUCCAAGGACAUCAUGGUGAUGGAGUUCCUCCUGCAGGUGGUUCAUCGGCUCUUUCCAGACUUUGCGUUCAUGUGGCUGGUAGAAGAGGCUAAACGUAACAUGCCUCUGGAGCUCGACUUUCUCAACGAGGGACGAAACGCUGAGAAGGUGUCCUACAUGCUCAAGCACUUCAAAUUCCUCAAGGUACCAAAGAUCCACUGGGACCUUUCGACCAAGCGCGUCCUGACCAUGGACUUUGAGGACGGGGGGCAGGUGAACGACCGUGACUACAUGACGGAGCACGGAAUAAACGUCAACGAGGUUUCCAGGCACUUGGGCAAAAUCUACAGCGAGAUGAUCUUCGUGAACGGUUUCGUGCACUGCGACCCCCACCCGGGCAACGUGCUGGUGCGAAAGUGCCCGAAAAGCAAUAAGACGGAAAUUGUUUUACUCGAUCAUGGCUUGUAUCAGCUGCUGAAGCCGGACUUCCGUCUGGAUUACUGCCGACUGUGGCAGAGUCUCAUUAAGGGAGACAUGAAGGGCAUCGAGCGCUACAGCAGACGUCUGGGCGCCGGAGACCUGUACCCUCUGUUUGCCUGCGUCCUCACGGCUCGCUCCUGGACCUCGGUCAGCACCGGAAUCGGUCAGACCCCCGUCACGAGUGCUGAGGAUGUGGAGAUCCGCACGAACGCGGCGAUGUACCUCCCUCACAUCAGCGAGCUGCUGAACCGAGUUCCCCGGCAGAUGCUGCUGCUGCUGAAGACCAACGACCUCCUGAGGGGCAUCGAGACGGUGCUGCAGACCCGCGCCAGCUCCAGCUCCUUCAUCAGCAUGAGCCGCUGCUGCACACGAGCACUCGCCAGUUAUAAAAGGAGUAAGACUGACUCGAGGACGAGGAGGCUGCAGAUCAGCGUGUCCGAGGCGCUCUCUCUAUGUCAGAUCAGUCUGUAUGAAGUGGUGUUGUGGAUUCGGAGCUCAUUCCUGGUGAAGUGGAUGUGUUACGCACUCGGCUGUUUGCCCCUUGCACGCUGAUGGGGUUAAAGCAGGGUUAAAGAUGGACCACUGCCCUGCCUAGCUGCCUCUCCUCACCAUCAGAACUCUCAUCAUCACUGUAGCCAUGUGUUACCAGCACUGCACAAUGAGAUGAGAACCUAUAUAUGCUGUUUAGGGUUACAGAGUUGAACCUGUGAUCGCUGUGUGUCAUUCAUAAUGCAGUCAGUCACUCAGUUCUGCACAAGCUCACACUGAAACUAUGUCCAGUGAAGUUAUGUGAAGUUGUAUUUGAUAAUGUAUUGUAUGAAAUACAAAUACAUUCAAAUACAUAAAUGCUGUACUUUGUUUAAAUAGAGCUGCAAAAAUAUUAGUAGGUGUAAAUGAAACAUGGUGGCAGAUUUCAGGAGAAACUCAUUGUCAUGUUCAAGAAACCAAUUUGAAAUUAUUCGAGCUUUGUGACAUGGUGCAUUAUCCUGCUGGAAGUAGCCAUCAGAGGAUGGACAUUGUCAGAAACAAUGCUCAGGUAGCCCGUGGAAUUUAAACGAUGCCCAUUUGGCACUAAGGGGCCUAAAGUGUGCCAAGAAAACAUCCCCCACACCAUUACACCACCACCACCAGCCUGCACAGUGGUAACACGGCAUGAUGGAUCCAUGUUCUCAUUCUGUUUACGCCAAAUUCUGACUCUACCAUUUGAAUGUCUCAACAGAAAUCGAGACU